CGCGUAUUCCUCCACCUUCAUCAUCUCCAGUAGAUCCCUCCAUCUCUAACCCCAAUUCAAAAUCUCUACAUCAAUUCUACAAAUUCUCACUGUUCGAUAGAUUUUGAGUAUAGAAAAGAAUGAUGCAAUCGGUUUCGGUUUUACCUUCUUCUAGCACGUUCACGGAUUCAAGUUCUUCCACGAUUCACGAUGAAAUUUCCGGGGAUUUUGCUGAAAAUAUGAGGGCCAAGUUGAAGAUUGAUGAUGUGAUCCACGAGGGAGAGCAAGAACAAGAGGACGAAGAGGAGGAAUUCAGCUUUGCUUGUAUGAUCCCCGAUGGAUCGCCGAUUUCGGCAGGCGAUGUGUUUGAAAACGGCCAGAUCCGACCUAUGUAUCCUAUUUUUGACACAAGUCUUCUCUUCAGCGAGGAGUAUGAGGGCUCCUCCACGCCCCGGCCGCCGUUGAAGAAGGUCUUCGUGGAACAACGCGGUCAAGUUUCGUCUUCGUCGUCGUCUGAAUCGGAAGAACCUGAUGGCCCACCGGAGGGGUCGUAUUGUGUAUGGUCUGGGAAAAUGGCGGUGGAGGCCUCGAGUGCGAAAUGCAAUAAGAGCAAUUCCACGGGCUUCUCCAAGCUGUGGAGGUUCCGAGAAACGAAGCUCCGGAGCAACAGCGACGGCAAGGACGCUUUCGUCUUUUUGAACCCGUCGGACAGUAAAAGCACCGCUAACCCAAAAAGCUCCGGUGCUCAGUCCGAAAAGGUAGCGACAAUGAAGGCGAGCUCCGGCGAAGCCAAGAACGUCGUGGUAAAGAAAGUCAAGGGAGGGAAUAGUAAAACGACGUCGUCGGCACAUGAGAAGCAUUAUGUGAUGAGCAGAGCGAAGAAGGAAAGUGAUAAAAGGAAAUCGUAUUUACCAUACAGACAAGGUCUGGUUGGGAUCUUUGCGAAUGUGAAUGGACUGAGCAGGAACGUUCAUCCCUUCUGAGUAUGUUCGUCCCUGUAUUAAAGUGCUAAUUUUAGUCAUUAAGAUUAUUAUUUAUUGAGUAUCGUGUAAAUGUUGGUUAGACGGUAGAAGAGGCCAUUUUUGUGCUGGGUCUUCAAUCUUUCUUUUUCUUUCUUUUUUUAUUUGGCAGUGGGAUUUCCUUCUUUGUGAGACUAUGGUUUCUAAUUCCCUAGGGAUUAUGUACAAUAUUGAUGUUGUGUAAUUAAUUAUGGAUCCAAUGGAAGGAAAAAAAACAAUAUUUUCUGCAA